GUUCUAUGGCUUUUGUUGCUCAACUCACAAGCUUGUAACCUACAAGAGCAGUUCCACAUGCUCAAGCAACAUUUGGAAGGCAUCUUCUGGAAAAUCAUCCUAGAGCUGUCACUGAAAUUUAUUGACACCGAGCAGUUCCAAAGGCAAGCUUCGGGAUUUGAAGCAACUUGGUUUAUUCUUCAUGUUCAAGUAGGUGGAUGUCGGGACUGCUACUGUCUCUGCCUUACCCUUUUGGUUUGCAUGGUUUAUCGGUAUGUCAAUUUCAGGGAGCUGGAGAAACCGACAUGCAGUCACUGUUAUUCACAAAUACAG